AUGAAUAUCAGAGAUUCGUUUGGAGAUACUAACGAAGGAGAAGAAAGUGAUACGGGGAAGACCAAGAAGAAGAUGAGUCCUGAAUCUUCAAUCUUUUCAACUAUUCUCGCUGAUAUUGAAGAGAACCCAACGAUAUUGGAGGUGAAACAGAUGAAUUUGAGCGCUGAAUUCUUAAUCUUUUCAACAAUUGACGCUGAUGGUGAUGAACAGAGUCCAGCGAUACUGCAGAAUAAGAACAACAAGAAAUUGAAGAAGACCCCAAUUGACUUCACGAGUACGGUACCAGAAACCCUAACUCAUUCAGAUUCGAUCGGCGCUCUCAAUGAAGAACUAAAGAUUAUGAGAUCUGAAACAGAGAUCAGAGGUCAAACGAGUGAUCGAUCUGUGUCUUGUAACCCUGGUUACGAUAGAGAAUGUAAUUGCGUAGAAGAGGGGAAAGUGGAACAACGUGAAAAAGCUAAGUUUCUUGCGGAUGAGGUUAUUGAGUGGCUCUUGAGAGAUAUGAAAGAAUCCGAAAUCUCUACUGGUACUGAAGUCUUGGCGUGCAAAUUAGGGAAUGGUGACAUACUCGAGACUAUUGAUGACAUGUUACCAAUGAUGAUUGGUGAUGAAGAUGAACAGGUGAAUGAUACAGACGGUUGUGGUCGGGUUGAUGAGUUUGUUGAUAAGGUGUUAGAAGAGAUUGAGAAAGAUGGGAGUUACUUACACUGGAUUGAAGAUGGUUAUAUGUUUGGAGGGUUGCUUGAGAAUCUGAUAAGAGAUAGAUUGAUAGAGAAAGCUGAGAAGGAAGAGAGAGAGGUUUCUUCAUGGGUCUCUAAUGGGGUUGCAGAAGGAGAGAAAGAAGAA